GGGGGCAGCUGCUCCUGUCAAGAAGGAGCCUAAAGAGAUCUCCUUUAUUGACGUAAAGAAGAACUUGAAUUUGAACAUAUUUCUCAAGCAAUUCAAAUGAAUGGGGAUCGGACUAAGUUUGAUGUGGAGGUGUUGAAGCAACUUGUUAAACUCUUACCUGAGAAACAUGAGAUAGAAAACCUGAAAUCCUUCCAGGGUGAAAAAGACAAGUUGGCCAAUGUUGACCGAUUCUACAUCUCUAUCCUGGCUGUACCAUGUUACCAGCUGAGGAUAGACUGCAUGUUGCUGUGUGAGGAGACGGCCUCAGUACUGGACAUGCUCAAGCCCAAAGCAGAGGUGGUUGAAUCAGCAUGCCAGUGUCUCAGAGUGAGCACUCUCAUGCCCAGUUUCUGCAGGCUCAUCCUUGAUGUGGGAAACUUCCUCAACUACGGAUGUCACACAGGAAACGCUGAGGGCUUUAAGAUCAGCUCCCUGCUGAUGCUAACUGAGACUAAGGCCAACAAGAGCCGCAUUACCCUGCUCCAUCACAUUCUGGAGGAAGUAGAGCUGAACCACCCAGAGCUGUUGUACCUCCCUGACGACAUUGAGAUUUGUGAAAAAGCGGCUGGAAUCAACCUGGACUCCAUUCAGGCAGAGGCCAGUGCCUUAGUCAAUCGACUGAAAGAAGCAUCAAAGAAAGUCUCUAACUCUGUGGACGAUGUAAAGCAGCAGUUCACAGAGGUGUUUGAGAAAAACCUGGAGGCCUGCCGAGAUUUGGAGGACAGUUUUUUGGAGAUUGUGAGGAAGAAGGGUGACCUGGCCCUCUACCUGUGUGAGGAUGUCAACAAUCUUUCCCUGGAGGAGCUUUUUGGCACCAUCAAGACCUUUAGGGGACUUUUCAUCAAAGCCUUAAAAGAAAACAAAACCAGAAAAGAGCAGGCUGUGAAGGUGGAGAAAAGGAAGAAGCAGCUUGAGGAGGAGGAAUCCAAAAGACAGAAGGGGGAGAACGGAAAAAUAAUCCGGAAAGGACCCUCGCCACAGGACGAUGGCUGUAUUAUCGACCACCUUCUUGCUGACAUCCGGAAAGGCUUCCAUCUCAGGAAGAUGCGGCCCAGGUGCGAAAUGGAAAGCCCCCCCUCUAGUGAAAUGAAUAGGAAAAUGGGCCAGCCUGGAUCAAGUGUCAAGCCUGUAAUAGAAGAAGCCAAAGCCUCUGUCUCAGAAGCCUCUAGCACUCCCAGUCAAACUCAACCCCAGGCAGAGGAGAGGGCCCCAAGAGAAGGAAUGAACAAAUGCCCCAGCAAACCCCAAGAUAAAACAGCUUUUUCCAGCCUUCCCACAACCAAUUCACCAACACAGGAGAUUCCGGGAAUGGGUGUCCUAAAUAACACUCCAAGCAUCUCUACCUUCACAGAUGCAGACCUGCCUGAAAUCAACCUGAUGGUAACAGAGGACUUGAUGCCUGAAUGUCCACAGAGCAAUGGAGAGAGUCACCUUAAUGGAGCCCGCACACUUCCUGUCACUGAUAUGGACAUGAUGAUAGAGAGUAAUGGUGAAAGCAACCUGAUAGGAAAAAACAUUGGCCAAGAUGAAGUUGGAGGUAAGAGCAGCAUUAUGAUGGUAAAGACUUUAGGACAAGAUGAGGCUGGGGAUGACAUGAUGGUGAAGAUGGUGGCACAGGAUGAGGGUAUAACUAACGGACACCCAGACACCAAUGGCAGCACAGACACCAAUGGCAACAUAGACACCAACGGCAACGUACCUAUGGUCAGUGCUGCAGAAAGUGGACCGGCAUACGAUGUGCCCGAUGGAGUGCACUCUGAAGAUCUGCUCUCAUCAGUGUCCAAAGCUAUGCCUGCCUCUGCAUCUGAAACCCUAAAACCAGAGGAUAAAAAACAGCAGAAGCUCUUUAGAAGAAACAAAAAGAAGAGUAAUGAAGGUAAUGUAUUCAUUCAUUCUAAUAAAGAUCAUGUUUGGAACUGUGGUCUCCUGAAGUGUUUGAGAGUCCAGUUUUUUUGGUAUAUGGUUUUAUUGCAUUUUACAUUACAUGUUCAUUUUGUACUGUUGCUUUAGCUGUGAACUUUAACAUUUUAGCAUGAAUGUACAAUUUUUGGAAAACCGAUCUUAAAAGCCUCCCAUUUACAACACCUUGAGUCCUGUCAUGAUCAUCAAGUAGUUUGUUUUGGGUGUUGUCUUUUUUCUUUGACUCUCUAAAACACCAGGUAACACUGGAAAUGGACACCCUAAAAGUAAUAAGGGGUGUGUGUUGCAGUGAGGUAGGUCAAACAACUGGUUUGAAAACUAACUGGUGCAAGCAGGAACAUUUUAAUCAACCCAUCAGCACCAAGCCAUGAUUUUAAUUAACAGACGUGUGUUGGCCUAAACAGGGUCUGGUUUGACCUGAUUUGUGUCUUGUCCUGCUUUUAACACUCUCUUAUUCAGUAAAAAUCUAGCAAAUCCCUGCUAAUCAAAUUGUAAGCCUGUCAUCAUGACUCAAGAUGAACCACUUUGUGUGAGACCUCUCUUGGCCACUACUUUAUGCACUCUUUAUCAGCCUGAAUCAUAGAGUUUUAUCUUAUAAAGACAUACAGUACUUAGCCUCAAACUGACACCUCUUAAGUGCCACAAUUGAAAAAUCAUUAUCAUAUCCAAGUUAACUUCACUGUCAUACUGAGCUUUUCAACUUGUGACGGCCUCACCGGGAAGACCAUCCUCAGCACAAUUUUUUUUUUUUGUGGAGUUUUGCUGUCAUGUUUUCUGUGCCUCCAUACCCCUAUGUUACUAAACUGUCCACCCUCACAACAACCGAGUUAAACUACUAAUGCAAUGCCUUUUUUGUGCUUUCUGUAAACUGUGUCCUUUGUAAGUUUGACUUUGCUGAAAGCUUUAAUGAUCUUGAAAUUGAUGGAACCAACAGCACUAAAUUUAAUUUAAUUUCCAAAAUAAUUGUAUUCAUCAGAAACAUAAAUCUGUCCAUUCUCUUCAAUGCCAAGAUCCACCAAAUGCAGUCUUUGGUCUCCCACUUUGUUUGAUAUUAUCUGCAUACUAUUUUAAGUAAUUGGUAUGUCAUUUGAUUCGUUCAAUCUAUUAAUUUUACUAUUUAAUCUCCCUAGGCAAUUCCCGGAAAAGGAAGUCAAGAGGGAAAAGAAAAUGUUGUUGAUUUUUCCAUACAUGGUUUCUGCACAUUGUAAUGGACUACAUCAAGGGUAGGCAACCCUGUUCCUGGAGUGC